UUUGUCUGCUUACAUCAUUGUUGCAGUGCAGUGUCGAACCCUCGCUCCACUUCAAGAAACAGGACGGUGGCAUCGUUCUCCGAGUAUAGUCACUGACGUCGCAAUCCCUCAGCGGAGGACGGAGGUGCAAUUCAAUGGAGGGGAGCAGCAGCGGCAAGCACUUCAUCCUGGUCCACGGCAUCUGCCACGGCGCCUGGUGCUGGUACAAGCUGGUGCCGAUGCUGCGCGCCGCGGGGCACCGCGUCACGGCGCUCGACCUCGCCGCGUCCGGCGCGCACCCGGCGCGCAUGGACGAGGUGUCGUCCUUCGAGGACUACUCGCGCCCGCUGCUCGACGCCGUGGCCGGCGCAGGCGAGGUCGAGAGGCUGGUCCUGGUCGGGCACAGCCUGGGCGGGCUCAGCGUCGCGCUCGCCACGGAGAGGUUCCCGCGCAAGGUCGCCGUGGCCGUAUUCCUGACCGCCGUCAUGCCGUGCGCCGGCACGCGCCUGGGUUUCACCCUGGAGGAGAUCUUGGGACGGAUCAAACCCGAUUUUUUCAUGGACAGCAAGAGGGUGGUUCUCAACACCGAUCAAGGCCCUCGAGCUGCAGUUGUUCUUGGCCCCGAAUUGUUGGCAGCUAAACUGUACGAGCGAAGCUCAGCCAAGGAUCUGGCGCUGGCCACUAUGCUGAUGAGAGUGGGCAGACAAUUCGUGGACGACCCGAUCAUGCAGGAUAAGACGCUGCUCACCGAGGUCAACUACGGGUCCGUGAAGAAGGUGUUUGUGGUAGUCAAGGCUGACGCUUGCAUGUCUGAGGAGAUGCAGCGCUGGAUGGUGGACCUGAGCCCCGGCACUAAGGCCGAGGAGAUCGCCGGAGCUGACCACAUGGCCAUGUGCUCGAGACCCAAGGAGCUCUGCGACGUUCUGCUCAGGAUCGCUAACAAGUAUGGCUGAGAAUGAAUAGUUGCCUCGAUGGUCAACAUACAUAAGAUGC